AUGGCUCUUCCCGCCUGGAACCUUCUUAAAGGCAAGACCGCCGCCAUCACCGGUGGUACAACUGGCAUUGGCCGAGCAAUUGUUCUAGAAUUUGUCCGUCAAGGCUGCAACGUCGCAGUGAAUCACCUAGGACUCGACAAAUCCCACACUCACAGCCUUCUCGAAGAAGUCAAGGCCAUUGAAAAGGAACAUGGAACAAACGCAGGCAAAGUGCUCGAGCUCGCUGGGGAUGUCACAGUUCCAGAGACAAGCACCAAGCUCAUUACCGAAACUGUCAGUCAAUGGGGAAAGCUCGACAUAUUCGUUGCAAACGCAGGAGUCUUCAAACAAGCCGAAUUCUUGAAAAUUGAGCCCGCCCUCCUAGAUCACAGCAUCGACGUGAACGUCAAAGGAUGUUUCUACUCCUGUCAAGCCGCCGCGCGCCAGAUGGUAAAACAGGGCCACGGCGGCUCGAUCAUCGGAAUUUCCUCAGUCAGUGCUUUAGUAGGCGGUGGCUUGCAGACGCAUUACACGCCCACCAAAGCGGCUAUCUUGUCUAUGAUGCAAUCGAUGGCUAUCUCGCUGGGAAAGGAUCAAAUUCGGUGCAAUGCGCUGAUGCCUGGUACCAUUAAUACCACGCUUGCUGAUCAUGAUAUGAAGAAUCCGACUAAAAAGGCUGCACUGGAAGCCCGGAUUCCGCUUGGUCGUAUUGGAUGUCCAGAGGAUAUGGCUGGUCCUGCAGUGUUCUUGGCUUGUGAGCCAAUGAGUCGUUACGUUAAUGCUUCUGGGCUGUUGGCUGAUGGUGGUAUGUUUAGUAACUUGCAGUGA